AUGAAGGCCUUUUUGAUUCUGGUAGCCCUGUUCGCCUCCGCCUCAGCUGCCCCGCGUCUCCGUCGAGAAGCUAUUUGGGGUGGGUACCACGGAGGCCCGUAUGGAGGUCACCUCGGAUACGCGCAUGGAGUAGCAGUCGCUGGUCCUGCUCUGGGGCCGACCAGUGUCGCUGGACCCCAUCUCGGGGCGACCAUGGUCGCUGCUCCGUCCAUAGGACCAGCUAGACUCUCUGGGUCUGUUGCUGGGCCGGUCCACGUUUCCGGCGCUGUGGCUGGUUCCGCGCUCGUCACUGCCUCGGUUGCUGGGCCCGCUCACGUCGAGGGCUACGGUGGUCCCUAUGACGGAGGAGUCGGUGUCGCAGGACCGUCGUACAGUUACGCAGGGCCAUCGUACAGUUACGCAGGAUACCCAGGAUACACGGGAUACGCUGGAGCUGGCAGCCACGGCGUAGUGAUAGCGGGACCAGCGGCUCAUGGAGCGGUCCUCGCGGGACCAGCGACUCACGGCGCCGUCCUUUCCGGUCCCCAUUCAGGAAGCGCGGCAGUGUCCGGUCCCAACGCUGGUUCCGUGGUGAUAGCCGGUCCCUCCGGCAAAAUCACCGCGCACGGCACCGGUUUCGGUGGAAUCCACACCGGCCACGGUCAUUGGUAA